AUGAAAAAAUUUGUUCGUUGGAUUCUACGAAAGUUCGUUUUAUCUAAUUCCACAACUACUACCGAGCUGCAAUCAUCCUCUGCAAAGCAGAUUGUAAACGAAUUGGACGACGAGUACGAUGAAGACGAAGUCGACGAAAAGGAACCUGGCGUCCUUCACAGUCAUAUCGGCGAUGAAGUCUGGCAGCAUUUUGGUAGCUUUUAG